AUGGAAAAUUCAGACGCCAGAGCGGUUCGCCGCGUGAGGUGCCCGAGGUGCCACUGCGUUCUUGAGGAGCCCAGCGCUCCAGUGUACCAAUGCGGUGGAUGCGGCACGACCCUUCGAGCAAAGAACCGCACCGGCACCGGCACCGGCACCGGCACCGGCGCGGGAGACGCGGCCAGGGCGUCGCCGUCGCGGAGCGGGCUGCCUCCUCAGAGCAGGCACUUGGACGCCAGCGACGUCGCGAGCACCAGCAGGUCCAGCACCCCGACCCCUCCUCAUGUCGGGAGCACCAGCAGGUCCGGCACCCCGAUCCCUCCUCAUGUCGGGACCAGCUGGCACCGAGCCACCGACGCGACAGGCAGCCGGCACGGUUCCGGUGAUCUCGCUCUCGUGUCGGCCGGGACGCGUGGGUCCGAUGACGUCGCGAGCACCAGCAGUACUCCUGACGCCACCGCGAGCAGCAGGCGCCAAGGCACCGACGCGACGAGCCGGCGCGAGUCCGGUGGUGUCGUGGUGUUCGCCGCGAGAAGCCGUGGCUCCGGCGACGUUGCUAGCACCAGCAGCACUCCUGACGCCACCGCGAGCAGCAGGCCCCAAGGCACCGACGCGACUAGCCGGCGCGAGUCCGGUGGUCUCGUGUCCACCGGGAGGAGCCAUGGCUCCGGCGACGUUGCCAGCACCAGCAGCACUCCUGACGCCAAUGCCACCGCGGGUAGCGGGCGUCCAGGCGUGGACACGACGAGCCGUGGAGAGUCCGCUGGUCCCGUGCCGGCGACGAACCGUGUCUCUGAGCAAGUGGCACUGAUCGAGAAGAGGGAGCGCGAACAGAGCGCGGCCGGUCAGGAGCUCCGUGACGACUCCGAAGGCUGCAGACCGAGUGAUGCCGAUGGUGCAGAGCCCGGCGCCGAUGGUGCCGGCUUCUCCGGAGGAAACAGAGAUACCACUCCUGAAUCGCAGGAUGACACAGAGAAGGGGAUGAAACGCCAUGCAGAAUCAACCGAUGCUGCCAGAAAGAAACAUUCUGGUGGAGCUGCAGUGCAACCGCAGUACCACCAUGUGCAUCGCCAAGAACUUGUGCCGAAAUCAUCAGCUCAACCCGCAGCUGCUCAACCUGCACGGGAUGAUGCUGAUGAUGCCGGCGAAAAGGCGCUGAGUCCAUCUCGCCAUGAGCUUCAAGAAGAACAUCUGGGGCCCUUGCGGAAGAAGAUUCUGAAGACGGUGGAUGAGCUGAAAGGCGACCUGUCUGAACUUUUCAGCAACUCCCCAGAGCUCAAUCCGCCACGCGCGCGCCCUCCUCGUCUUCCCAAGCAAGAAGGCUACGUGUCUCGUGCGCCGCCGCCGGCGGCGGCCUCGGGCCUCCCUGCCAGAGUUCGUCACGUCGCUUCUGCUGCCGACGGUCACCGUGGCAGCGCAGGUCGUGCGGUGAAGCCCCGUCAAGCCGCGGCCCCUCCCCGUGGGUUGCCGUCCCGGCGCUACCGCCAGUGCAGAGCACACCCGUGCUGCCAUAACGUGGAGCCGAGGCCGUGCCAUCACGGCCACGGCUGCUGCCGCCACCACGGCAAACCGGAGUGCAGCAGCUGCCGAGGAUACUGCUGCAGGCCCAGAGCGCAGGAGCCGUCCGCGCCACGGAAGCCACCGGCAGGCAAGGAGCCCAAGCGGCGCCUGCCGCCCCGCAACCACUGCCGGCCGGUGCUGAAGGGCGCGCCGUUCAUCGUCUGCUCCAGCUGCUUCAAGCUGGUGCAGGUGCCCGCCGACUUCGCCGUCUCGACCAAGACAGUGCGCAACCUGCGUUGCGGCUCCUGCUCCACCGUCCUCUCCUACUCCUACAGGGACCCGGCCAGGAAGAAGGCCUACCAGGACUCCGUCGACCGGUGCAGCACAGAUGGCUCCGAGCUGCACGGCGGCAAAGGCGACGAACGAUCCGACCCGUUCGCGCCGUUCAUCGAUGCCUUCGGUCUCAGCAGCUACUCGACGGAGGACGAGCAGCGGCUGCCCGUCUCGAGGAACACGUCGUUCGACACCCUCGACGGGACGAAAGCCGUGGGGCGGCUGCAUCGGCUGAUGGGGUACGGGUCAGCUAGCGAGCUGCUGCGCCACUCCCCUGACCUGUACGAGAGCUUCAGCGAGCGGACGACGCCUGACGUGAGACAGCACUACACGAAAGGGAAAGGCGUUUGCAUCGACGACGACGACGAUGACUACGACGUCGAUGACUCGGACGAGGAAGACGUUGGUGCGCUGAAGAGAUCAGUGGGGAAACGGUCUGGCUGGCCGCUCCCAUGGAUUCCCGGCAAGGGGACUCCAGCAGCUGGAGCCAUCAGGAUAAAGUAG